AAAAUGGUUGGCUACAAACGUCUCGUCGACGUUUAUGAUCGCUUGAAAUGACCUGAAAGCUCAAGUGUCUCUACUUACUGUAUGUUCUUUCUGAAUCUUGAUUUUUCGAGGCCUCUCUGGGACUGAAAAAAAUUCCGGAGGGUAUUUCGGAAUCCAUGCAUGCAGGUGCGGCCAUGAACUACAAUAACUAACUAGACAGAUAGGUCGCGGCGGGCCCACUCCCUAGUGUUAUUACUACAUUGGUACUUCACAGGAUACCUCCAUACGCGAAUCACAGCUAAAGUCAGUUAGGGUUCUGACUCUCUUCUUAUUACUGGAGAAGAAGGGCUAAGACAGUAUGCCAUCCUCGCCUUUCUCUUCACUCAGUCACAAUAGCAGUUUCAAGUUGAUUCGGAUGCGAUCAAACUCAUGGCAUCAAUAAAAGCUCAAUGACUCCUCGGACCCUCAAUUUCUUGUUUUCUUCAACGAUGUCUGACAUUGUUAAAUCUCCCUUUUCUUCGCAACUCGCCUGCUUUCGGGAUAUCUUAAACGACAAACCACCGUAUUGUUGUGGUACGCUGUCAGUUCGUGGGAGCCAACUAAUCCUUUUCUACGGAAAAGAGGUAUUGAAUGCGAGACGUCUUGAUUUCUCAGAUGUGACCGACGAUCAGUUGGAACACCUCUCUGCUACGUGCGAACCCGCUGCAUUCGGUCUAAACCGUGAGAACGUUAUAGACGAACGUUAUCGGAAGGCUGGAAAGCUCGACGCCACCCACUUUGCAUUUUGCUUCGAUGUGCCAGAAUCUGACUUGAUAACGAUCAUCUGUGACAACCUUCUGAGGGGACGUCAGGUCAACUCUGAUAUACAGCUAGAGAAGUACAAGCUCAAUGUCUAUGGAAAGGACUCGUUUUUUAAACCUCACAAGGAUACACCUCGAGGGAAUAACAUGUUUGGAUCGCUUGUUCUCACGUUGCCUACACGCCACGAAGGCGGUGCUCUCGUCCUCCGUGAUGGUGACAAGGAGUGGACAUUCGACUCUGCCAAAGAAAUGCAGGAACAUGAUGGGCCUUGCUUAGCGUAUGCUGCGUUCUACGGCGAUGUCGACCAUGAAGUACUACCCGUCAUUGCAGGCUAUCGAGUUACCAUCACCUACAAUCUCUACUUCGGUCGCACAGCGAGGUUGUCGUCCCGCGACCCCACGCAGGACAUCAGGCACGAUAAUUUGAAGGGAGCGUUCCAGACACUACUGUCCGACCCAUCUUUCUUACCGAAAGGAGGAUACCUUGGAUUCGGACUGGGGCGUCAGUACCCACUGGAUUGGAACUCUGAUCUCCGCGACCUUGAGCAGUAUCUCAAAGGUGAUGAUGCCGCGCUCAUGGAAGUAUGCAAUGAGCUAUCUCUCGAUGCGUCUCUCAGGCUUUACGUCGACAAUGAGUAUUCAGACAACGUGGACAUCCUAUGCAAGAAUGUACCGGACCUUGGUUGCGAGGAAAUUGAGGAUCUCGAAUAUCAUUUGUGCGGCUCCAAUGGGGCCCUACGAGUACAAGCGAGGGAGCUCCAUCCCGAUGAAGAUUAUCGCUACUGGGACACCAAGCCGGACAUCGUCAUUCAUUGGGCAACACCAGUGACGGUUUUCGGAGACAUUCUGGGACCAUACGCACAUUAUGGAAACGAGGCCUCGAUUUCUUAUGUGUAUGGUUGCGUCUGUCUCAUCGUGGCCAUUGGCCCAUAUGAUUCUCGGACGGACUCCAGUAAAAUUGACUCACUAAAGGAACUCGCUGCUGCGCUGGCAGAGAUGUCGACGUCAAACUGGAUAUUGCAGUUGUUCUCCUGGUUAAGUCUACACCACUAUCGGUAAUUACCUGACAUGUAAACUAGUUAGAGUUUCGUUACUACCUUAUGAGAAUGGCCGUCCUGGUACGGUUCUCUCCUUAGAUAACGGGCCUUAGUUGCGACUCGUCUGGUCCGCUGCAUCACCUGCGAUGAGCUUGUUUAUAGUUCAAACAAUUACCAUCAGCUCCGUUGUAGCCGACGGGAUACUUCAACAAUGAGAAUUAUUGUGUUACGCCAGGUAUCAGAACAGUAAGUGUUGAAGAUCCG